UGGACGACGGGCCAUCCUCCAAUAAGGUCAUACUCAAAUGCACCACUAUUAAUUUCUGCACUGCGCCGCCUUGCCCGUGACUCACUGGCUUAAUUGACCCUUGUGGCGAGCGACACAAGUGAGAUACAUUGUUGCGAAUGUUGCAAGUGCGCUGUUGGCCACAUGCACAGUAGGAGCCCCCAGGAAUCGAUCGGGUACUUAAGUGUCGACGCCGGAAGGGGCCAGGCAGUUGAGUCCCGAGCACGGUCCAGUGCAGUGAGUGUUGUGUGCAAGAAAGUGUAGUGUGUGAAGCCCUGAGAAGCCAACCCAUCUCGUCAGCCAAUAAAACACCAUACUCGCGAGUAAAGUGUUUCACUGUCAAGAGCCCUAAAGUACCCCUAAGACCGGCCCCUGUACUGUUGGAUAGCGCGCACUGACCAUCACACCCAGACAGGGAGCCACGCGUCACAGGAGGGAGGGAGCCAGAGUGGAAGGGAUGACGACCGGGUCACGUGGUCCACGGUUUAUCUAUAUAAGCGUUGGACGCGGAGUCCGGGCAUCAGUCCUCAUCGUCACUCCAGGAGCUCCACAGAGUCCCCCUGUCAGUCUCGGCGAGGAAGCUGUGCGGGAUGCCUACCUUGGUCCUCAUGGAGUCUGGGCUAUCUCUGGCUUAGGAGCUGCCGCCGCCAUGUCGCAGCAGCUGGAGACCGACGAGCGGGCGUCGGCGACACCGACUCCGUUGCCUGAACCGCCGGUAGCAGUGCCCAUCGACCCAAGCCUGUUCAAGAAGCGCAGCAACAGCCGAAGCCCCCGCGGCGGUCUGAACCCUGGUUCCAACCCUGGUUCCAGCCCCGGAUGCAGCCGAAGUAGUCCUACAGGUUCCAGCUCAAGCCGAAGCCCGCGCGGUGUUCCGAACCCUGGUUCCAGCACCAGCCCCGGAUGCAGCCGAAGUAGUCCUACGGGUUCCAGCUCAAGCCAAACCCCUGCUGCUGGCCCCAGCCAAACCAGCUCCCAAAAUCAUGGCUGCAACCAAAGGCAUGGUUGCUGGCAAAACCCUGGUUGUACCCGCCCUGAUUGCAGCCACUCUGGUUGUGACCACCCUGGGUGCAGCCACUGGGGUUGCAGCAACCCUGGUUGCUGCCGUAACGCUGGCAGCAUCGCCCCAGGUCAAGACAACAGCGGCAGUGGAGGUCCUUGCUGCGGCCAUGCCCUUUGCUGCAGCCGCGCAAGCCAAGCCAGCUCCAGCCACGGUUUGUGCAGCCAGGAGAAGGGUGACCAGGGCCACUUCGCCGCCGCGGCCGCCGCCACCAGCAUCGGCACGUGCCCCGACGUCGACGUUGACCUCUCCACCUUCUUUAUCAAGGAGGAGCCCGCCGACGUGGACCCCGCCGACGUGGACCCCGCCGAGGCCGGCGCCUUCGGCGGCCUCCCCGUCCUCUCCAUCGCCAGCGUGGCCGGCAACGCAGACGACCAGUGGGGGCUGCAGACCACGCUGGACUUCGAGGCAGAGGUCAAGACGGAGCCCAUCGAGCAGUACUACGACUUCUGCGAGUCCGAAGAGGAGCAGGACUUCGACGCGGAGGCGGAGUACAGCAGCGUGGAGCCAGCCGCGUCGCGGGUGUCCCCCGAGGUGGAGGUGCUGCCAGUUCCGGCGCGGGAGUUCGAGGUGGUGGACCUGGAGGCUGAGUGGGAAGAUCGGGAGUCGCCGCCCGGCAGCCCUCUUGGCGACAAGCAGCCGCCGCCCCGGGUGGUGGUCAAGGAGGAGGCCGCCGGCGCCGCCCGCGAGGCGGACUUCAGCCCUGCGGCCGCCCGGCCCGCCCAGCCCGCCCAGCCCGGCGCCGAGGGGGUUAUCAGCAGAGUGAAGGGCGAGCGGGACCGCGCGGGCCGCUCGGAGCGCUCAGUGAAGCUGGAGCGCGACCACGACGAGGAGGCCGGGCGCGCGCUGCUGUUUGGCCAGCAAGAGUUCCCCGACGACGGCGAGGAGGAGCUGGUGGCCGACGAGGAGAGGCAGGCCGACUCCGAGCAGCAGGAGCGGACGUCAGGCCGCAGCACCGCGCUGUACCCGGCCGUGAGCUCCAAAAAGCUGCUGGAGAUGAAGUUGCACGUGGCCACCAUCGUGAACGUAUACAAUGAGAUGAAGAAGCCACGCUUCAGGACGUUCUCCGAGGAGCGGGCGUCGUCCACGUCGCCCGUCACCGUCACCCACAAGUCCAGGGCGCGGCGCCCCCACAGCCCCGCCGGCCCGGCCGACAAGCGGCGUUCCAGCCACGACGCCUCGUCCAAGAAGGCCAAGCGCGACCCCAGCGCGUCGCCGUGCCGGCGGAGCAGGCCGAGCAGCACGGACACGGCCCGCGCCAAGAAGGCCUCUGGCCGCGACCCCAGCCCGAGCAGCAAGGACGCCAAGCACCCCAAGAAGAAGGCCCUGGCGCCGGCGCCCGCCUCCGUCAAGAAGAGGCGUCUCCAGGGCGUCAACGAGGAGGUCGCCGACGAGCCGCUUUCGCCGCCAGCGCCCGCCUCCGUCAAGAAGAGGCGCCUGCAGGGUGUCAAGGAGGAGCCCGUAGACGAGCCUCUGUCGCCGCCAGCGCCGCCAGCGCCCGCCUCCGUCAAGAAGAGGCGCCUGCAGGGCGUCAAGGAGGAGCUCGCCGACGAGCCGCUGUCGCCGCCGCCACCAGCACCCAAGUCCAAGAAGGCCUUCGCUGGCCCCGCCUCCGUGAAGAACAAGAAGAAGCUGCCGGUGCUGCCCGCGGCCCAGCACCCCACGGUGCUGUCGCCGCAGUACGACGGCCGCUCGCCGCUCUUCAUGGAGGACGACACCCCCCGCAAGAGUUACUCCUCUGGACCUGCGGAAUCGUCAGAGAAAGGACCUAUUCGGGCUUCGGUGCGUCCAUCUUGGCUCGAGUCACUCCUUUACAGUAUUGGUAAAUGGAGGCCGGAGUGGCUCAAAGAAGCCCGACAUAUCAGUUCAAAGAAGGUCCCACCUCUUCUUCCAAAUAUGGAGAGAUUUGAUGUGGAAACAAAACAUUUACAAUUUGACUCAAUAGAUGAGUAUUUGAGUCACUUCCAGAAUGCGCUCUUGAUUGAACUGUGGGAAACCAUCCGGAAGGAAUCUAGACCAUCAAAACCGUUCCUGACGGCUGUAGAAUCAUCACAAGACAAGCCUUUGCUAGGGAACAAAAGAAAAAGAACUCUCACAUGUCAUUGCGGGUCUGAUCAGAAAAGCCCAUUUAGACUUGGAGAUUUGGUCAUCGUUGGUCCUAUUGGAAAAUCCUCCGAGCCAGCUAAACCUCAUUUUGGUUAUAUAGAAGUGGCCUCUAGAAACCAAGUUGUGUCAGAUUCUGUCAGGCUAUCUGUGCAUCUUCAAGAACAUUUUAAAAAGGAGCCUGAUUUUAAGUUCUCUUUUAAAGUUACCCUGUGUUCAGAUGAUAACCCGGAGACUGUUCCCAAAGUGUUAGCGCUAAAAAAGCUAACAAAUGUUUACGAGGAGGUCGAAUUAUUUAAGUUCUUAUCUGAUUUUGCUAUCCACAAUAUGGCUCCAUUGGUUUUGAAGCCAUAUUAUGCAAUUCGACCAGAACCUGUAUUUGGUUUAAAAACUGGUGGAGACCUACAUCCUCUAGCACAGAAGCCUGUGUUGCUCUCCUUAAUCCAGGAUAUUGUUGACUAUGAAGCUCCAUCUCUUAGUGUUGUGGAAGGAGGACCUGGAACUGGAAAAACCCACUUAGUAGCUGCCCUAGCGCAGGAGCUAGUUGAACGUAAACAUAAGCUCAACAGAGAUUGUUACGUUAUUAUAGCAGCAAAAUCAAACAACCAAUUGGAUAUAAUACUAGAAAAGCUGCAAGCUAGAAAUCCCAUGUUAUCUGAUGAUCCUAAAAACAGAGACCCUGAUGCUUUCCGUCCAGUUUGGCUUGGGAAUGAACUGAGGGUGGGUGAUAGGUUGAGGAGAAAUAGUUUAAGACAGUUGGCAGAAAAACAUUUGUUGAAACAGAAUACAGAGCCCCUUGAGAAAGACAGGCGUGCACUUAUGAAGGAAAUUGCCAGGAAUGAAACAAAAUUAAUUAAAAUGACCAAGAAAAAUUUCAAUUUUCCUGACAUAGCUUCUGCAACUGCCAAAAUGAAAUUAGAGUUGACUCUUUUAAAUGAGCGGAUAGAGAUGAUUUCUUCACAAGCAAAAGACGAAAAUGUUGCUUUCUCAACUAUUUUGAAGAAAUGUGACAUACUUUUAACAACAUUUAGUUGUAAUUUUUAUCGCUCAAAGGCUCAAGAAGCCAUCCUUCAGAGCAAUCAACGGAAACAUAAAGUUCUCAUCAUUGAUGAUGCCUCUGAAGUAGGGGAGCCUACAGUCAUAAAGCUGAUGGUUCUCUUUGGAAUCACAGAUGUUGUCCUCUUUGGGGAUACGAGGCAGCACACGCCUUACGUGUCCAGUAAGUGGGCUCGCAAUGCUGGACUGGUAGUACCCCUCAUGAAAAGGUACACUAAUGCUCUGAAGGAGGCGCAAUGUGUGCCCCCAGCUAGAUUCUUAUCAAGGCAAUUUCGGAUGCAUCCUGAUGUGCUCAGAGGCAUCAAUAAAACCUUUUAUGAGGAAUCUAUGAAGCCAUCAAACGAUUAUAAGAGGUACUUGGCAGAAGUUCAGGAGCAUCAGUUGCGGCCUUAUGUAUGGUUCAACUGUACAUACUUUGACGAAAAGAAGAAAAAGAAGAAUGAAGCUGACUUUGUAAUAAAACUGCUCUCCUCUAUAUUGUCAUGCAAAUCAUACCCAAGCGACAGUGUGAAAAAACCUAUCAGUGUCAUUUCAUUCUCCAAAGAUAUUAAUGCCCUCCUUGCUUGCACCGAAUACGCUAAAUACUGUGACGUGGCAGAACAUAUAUCAAGUAUGGAGUAUGAUAUUGUCAUACUGUCAUUUGGGCCAUCAAUGAGACUACGUGUAGACAGGACUAUUUGUGCCCUGACAAGGGCUCGCAAGUCUCUCUUCAUUUGUGGCAACAUUGAGGACUUAUCUCCUAAGUUUCUUGCUUUGUUCAAAGAUGCAAGAGACUUAAAUUGCACUGAAGAUGUAACCACUGGGGACAUUGAAGUAGAGGAUAUUUGUAAAUUAAUUAGGAUUUAAGAUUAGAUUUAUGUGUGUGUAUGGUCUUUUGGGGCGCAAGCAACAGGGCUGCAUCAACUUCCAUAUUUUUCCGUAUAGCAUGUGUGUUCUGAAUAGAUUAUUACCCCCGACAUAUUAAGCAUGUCCAGAAUACUCAUGUUUGGUGGAAAAAUUUAAUUAUGCAUAUAUAGGAAUUAUAUACUAACAUAGACUAUUUGGACCAAUGAAUUUCUUAAAUCAAAGUGUCUUAUGUAUAUUUUAACCAGGCAUUAUAUUUAAUGUAGGAUAUUUGUAUUUUUUUAUCUAUUAAUAGUAUAAAGAAAUUGUUUUAUACUGUUUGUUGAUCAUGUACUCAAAUUUAAAGGGGAAAAAUGUGUCUUCUUAUUACUGUUUGUUAUUGAGUGUUUUUCUUUCUCAUUGCAUAAAUGAAUGAGUUAAUAAUUAACUACUCUGAUUGGAAUGGUUGUAUUUUUUUAUCAAUUGAUAACAAAAAGUUAAUUUUUUUAUUCUCUGUUGAUCAUUUACUCAAUUUAUUAAAAAAAGGUGAUGUAAGGAGUUUGUGUAAGUCUCUGCUUUCUUAUUUCUCAUUACUGAAAUGAAUGAGUUAAUAAAUAAACUCCUCUAAAAAUCCAA